AUGGCCAUUGCUUCAUCCGACUACCAAAGGUUAGGUCAGCUUGUCGGUGUUGCACUUCACCAAGGAUCAAGCUGGCAAGCAAUAGUGAGGAUGAUUCAGGAGGCAGCAAAGAAAGUGAAACAAACACACUGCUAUUCGCAAAAGGAUUUUGAUAUUGUUUGCCUGAUUGAUAUUAUUGGUGGACCCAAACUUGGAAAACUGAUGCCCAGUGUUGGACCCAUCAAGGACACAGAAAUCAAUCACAACAUCUCAGAGUUCUUCGGGAAGCUUUCCCCCCGCCCCAGGCAUGGUCACAAUCUCCAAUUGGAUGAACUUGCCAUCAACAAGGGGGCAUACUACAAUAAAUCUUGCAAUGCCAUUGGGGGACUUUGCCGUGAUCAUUCAGAGCUGCUUGACCUGAAAAUUGUCGACUACAACUCUGUCCUCCAUGCCUCAGAAGCCAUCCACGGCAAACAUUGUGUUUGCCACUAUGGGAAGGAAGCAACUGUAGCUGCCAUCGUAGCAUUUCCAAAGGACCAUUAUGGUCCCCUUCCCAUUCUAGUGUCUCCAACGCGCAAGGCAGCUAAUCUCAUUCAGUGGAUGUUGGAUUGCUGGUGUCAUCAUGCUGCUGGAGAGGCUUGUUUUGGUCCUAUCCGGUGCUUCUCCACAGAUGGAGAUGCAACGUGGAGAUUAGCGUGCUACUCGCUUUUCAUGAAAAGGGACCUCGACCCCUCGAGUGAAAUAUAUGAGAGCCUUUCCCAGCUGUCAGGGUUGAAUUUGAGGGUUGGUUAUGCUACACUAUUGCAGUCCCCUCAAGGGAUCUUGGUUUUUGACAUACUCGUCACAUGUGAGAUUCUGGCUCAGCAUUUCUUGUGCCUGGGGCAUCUAUCCACGAAGGAGAUUAAUGAUCUCCUUGCUCAGGGUGAUGGACAAAAUGUUCCCCAUGCCAUGAAGCUUCUCUGCAGUGUCGCUAUGCUUCAGGCACUCAACUCCACGUCCUCACAGUAUAAUCCCACGAACCAGAAAAUUCAUGCUGCACUUCGAGUUCUUGCUGUCCUUUGUGAAUCCCUUGUCGAGCCAUUCUUUAAUUGCGAGAUGUCUCUGAAGCAACAACUCAAGUGUCUCACAACAUAUGCACACCUUAGCUUUCUUCUCUAUCGGAAUAACGGCACCUCAUUCAUGUCUAAUCAACUCUAUGGCGACACUCAGGCCACUGUCAAGAAUGUCAUGUUUCUUGUCGUGAAGGUGCAGAUCCUCGAUGACACCCAGCCAUUUUACCUCAUUCAAGAUGGUGAUGACAGGCUUGAGGGAAGCUUUGGCCAUGUACGAACCGAUGACCACGAUCCAAAUAUGGGCAUUCAGGGGCUGUAUGAGAAGCUAGGAUCUGCAGCUGACCACUCUGACAUCUUCGAGCAUCAUGCAGAUUGGGACAGAGGUAAUUGGAGACUUGGUAAUGGAAAACUAGGUGCUGACCACAUGAAUCCUGCAUUGUGGAAGGGUGAUGUGGUUUCUGGAGGUGUCUCUCUGCAGAUGGAGUGGAUUCGAGGCACUGGUGCUGUCACGGUGGUCCUUGAAAGCCUUGGUCGAGACGUGCCAGACUGGACAAAGCUAUUCUACAGUGGAACUGUUGAUCUGAUGAAGCCGAUGGGAGAUGGGAAGUAUCCUGGAGUGUCGCAGGAUCCUGACCACACUACUGUCAAUGUGCCAAUCACAGAACAAUGUCUUGCAGCUACUGCAGGUGAUGUUGCUGAAGCUUGGUCAAUUGAUGGUUUGGACACGGACACCCAACAUGAAACACUCGACGCCGAUGAGACAGAUGGGUUGGUUUUCGCAACGGACACCUUAACCGCUGGCGAUCAUCCAAUAGAUGUACCUGCAAUAACCCUGCAAGAUCUCAUUCCUGAGCCUAAUGAACAAGAGAAUGAGCAGCAUGAUUGGCUUCUCUUUGAAGGGAAGAAGGUUCACAAAGCUUCUGUCAUACGGUGCCUCUUUUCAUCCGAUAAGGCAAAGAAGUCCAGAGAAUGCCUCCUUCGUGUCCAUGGAUAUACACGCAAGUUCUCCCCCAAAAGCAGCCUUAACUGCGAUGAUCUCACAGGGGAUCACUUUCUUGUUGGUGACCUCGCAGCUAUCAUCAUCCGCUGUGACCAGGUAGUAUCUCUUGCUAUCAUGCAGGUUGCCUCAAUUGAGCAGGACUUGCAGAGAGUAACUGCCAUCAAAGAGGAGAGUCUUCGCUUGUCGACAACUAGUACCUUUGUUUCUGGUCAAAUCCUUGAAAUGUGCCCUGCAGCAAUGCACAACGACGCUGGUGAUCCUUUACCUGACGAUGUCCAACAAUACCUCCUCUGGACUGGAUCCUAUUGCAGAUUUUCACCCUGGAGAGGUGGCAAAACUCCAAAAGGCAAGACAUCAAGAAACACAUUGGUCAUUCGAAUUCCUGGACAUAUGGUACACCCACUCAACCUCCGCAUUGAGCCCAUUGAAUAUAUCCCUGCACCUCAAUGGCCCCCUUUGCAACAGCAUGAAACAUGGGCUGUAUCUCAAGUGGCACUUGCAGAGGCUGUAGACGCCCUUUGGGAAGUAACAGAAAUGAACCAGGCGUCUGGUUCAAUUCCAAAAUGUAGCCUUGCAUCAGAUGGGUUUCCCUACAAACAGAGUGAUGGAAACAUUGUAUUUGUCGCACAGACAGCUUCGGUGCCUUUGCAGAACACGACCCAAAAAAGCAACACCAUUGCCGAUGACUGUGUUGUGUGUGCUGUAUGUGAGAAGCGAGUUAAGCACAAAGCACUUCGCAGUCAUAUGGGCGGACAUAUCCUUUGUGUGCAAUUGGGUGCACAAGACAACAAUGUCUCUAUGAUUGACCCAUGUGGAUUUUGCGGACAGUCAGGCCAUCCAGUGAAACUCAUCAAGCAAAAAAGAACAUUUCAGCCACAAUCCUCAUGUCCCCAGGCAAUAGCAUUCAGUCUUGGGGCAGUCACAAACAGCUCAAAGGCAUCCCCAUCCACAAAUGCACCAAUUCACUGUCAACUAUGCUCAGUGUCAUCAGGUGAUCGCGCCAUCUUCUGGAAAUACAAUGUCCACCAACACAUCACCAGUUCUCAUGACGCUUCAUAUGAAUCCCUUCCAGCUGGCUUCGCGAAGGAAAUUGAAAUCUUGCAACUUGAAAAGGAACACCUUGGGAUACCACUGGAUUUGAUUGACAACAGUGUUCAGGAUGACUUGAAUGCAACUGCUGUGGCUAGUACUAGUCAAAACUCAUUAAUGAAGCGCAGGCAGCAAACACUUCAAGGCAACACCAGUUCCAAGCGCUCAAAGAAGGUUUAA